UAAAUGGGAAGGCCAUGGAGAAAAGUAAGAGAAGCGUCCCAAUAAAGUGCUACUAUUGAUGAAAAGCCUGUGAGAGGCAGCAGAGUGCUCUCAAUUCCUUGUUGAAAAGUCCGAGAGAGAGAGAGAGAGAGAGGGCGAUGGCGGCGGCGGUGGAGAGCUUCCACUUCGAUGGGAGGGCGUGCAGCAGCCCCUACGUGAGCGCGCCGUCGAGUCCCGAGCGCGGGGCACGGAUGGCCUUCGAUCUCUUCUACCACUACAACAGCGCCCCCACCAGCCCCACGCGCGCCGCCUCUGCCGUCAACUCCCACUUCGCCGGCGACGCUCUCCCCCCUCUUUCCUCCGCCUUAUCAUCCGGCGUGCCUUUCGACUGGGAGGAGAAGCCCGGCACGCCCAAGUCCCGCGGCAGCCCCAACAACGACGAUCACGGCGGCUUCGCUUUUGACUUUGGCGGGCGAUGUGGUGUCGGACAGCAAGGCUCGCUGGCCGACGCCGACGAGCUAUUCGAGGAAGGGAUGAUCCGGCCUCUGAAGCCGCCGCCUCGCCUCCAGUACCCCGCUGAGGUCGGCAGCGUGGCGUCGUCGCCGAGGUCACCCAAGCCCAUCACGCGCGGCCUGUGGUCGCCUCGCGGGCGGAGCGACGACUUCCAGUUUGACCCCUUCACGGCAGCGAUGGUGGAGACGACGCGGGAAAGUAGCGGUACGUGGCGGAAGGAUCCAACGGCCACCUCUUUUUCCCGCCUUCGGAGCUUAUUAAAGGCGGCCUCCAAUUCCUCUGUUUCGGAGGCAGCCACCGCCUCACCCCGUCUGCCGAAUCCGAGCGCCACCGGAAGCGACGGCGGGAGCAAGAGGUCGCGGCUGAGGGACUUGCUUCUGUUGCGGAGCGAGUCGGAGGGACGCGCCGCCGGGAACAAGUACACUCUGCUUUCUUCCGACGAAAAAAUGGCCGCCGGGGACGCUAAAAAUGCGAGCUUUCGGUCGACCGACGGCAGGAGGGUAAAGUCGUCAGAAGAACUGAGGAAGAAGACGGCUUGGCCAUACCGCCAUCGGCACAGCAUAUUCGGGUGCCUCCGAUUCAACUCGGCGGUGCUCACCCUCAAGGCCAAUCUCUGCCGACGGCGGUGAUGGAAAUUUACAGCGAACGAUUGUUCAUCGCUUUCAAACAAUUUUCAUUCAAGUUAAUAAAAAAAUAGAGUGAAAAAUGUGUUCAAUCAUAUUCAGUGUGGGGCUGAGUAUUUCCUAAGGCUAAAAAGGUUAUUUGCAGGCGGAAUAAAAAAAAAAGAAGGAGAUUUUAGUUAUAUAUUGAGAGUGUUUGGUUGAUAAAAUUCUAUUACGACGAUUAUGUAAACUUUGGUUAUAUAUUGUUUCAUUGAGAAA